AUGUCAACCAAUUACCAAACCCUUGAACGAUCCUGCGAAAAUGUCUUCGCCGGGCUGAGACAACUUGCCAACGAGCUGAAGAAACACGAUCAUCCAGAAAUUCACUUCAAUAUUCUGCAUAGUGUACAAUAUGUGGACCACCGUCAGAUCGACGUACAGUUCAAAGCCCAGGCCCGUCUUGUGCAAGCAGACAUGAUGCAAGAAUUUAUUAGCACACUCGACAGCUGCAAUGAACAUCUUAAAGAUUGUCACAACUUGUGCUUACGUAUGGGUACACCGCAAUGGACAGCAGAUUCGAAUUCUCGAUUAACCAUGUCGUGGAACUUCUUCUUUACGUACCUUAGCAAGGCGGCCAUUUUGCUGCAACUCGAGCUACUCGAUGCGCAAGUCUUUUUGGGUCUUCAUCGACAACCACCUGCUUCUGCAUCUUCAUCGCCUACUCCAACACCUCAAUCCUCAACGCCGAACCUGUCCUUCUCCCGUCGAGGAUCCUUCCUUAGCAACGGUGGCUCAGAGAACUUUACAAUAGAAGGAAGAGUGGGAAGAAGGGAGCGCGCAGAGCGACAAAGGCAGCAAGACACACAACAGAACCCGUUACUCGUCACUUCAACGGGGAAUAAGCUGAGAAAGCCCAACACCCGUGCACCGUCGAUCAGUAGCACUGUCAGCAGCUUCAGUGACAGAGCCUCCGCCACGGUUUCUCCAAGUCUGCCGCAGGUGAUCGAAGAAAAGUCACCCGCAAUGUCGAUACCUAGUAUUCCAAGGACACCACCUCCGGAAUACUCCAAGGAUACCUGGGAUGCCAAGACGCUGUUAUCAACCAAAGAAGACAUGCCAUAUAGCUCACCAAUGAAACCCGCUUCACCCCCAUCUGUUAUGUCAGUGGACCCUGAACCACAACAUACUGAAUCGACCUUUGGGGACAAUCGUACUUACUUCAGUGGCAACGUCAUAAAUAUUUAUCCUGUGAUGAAUGGACCACCACCAAAUCAGCUUGGAUACAUGCCUCCGAUUCCAUACGGACAUUUUGCGCCUAAUCUUGCGGUACCACCAGGCUGGCAGGCGCAUAUGUCUAUGCCUCUUCCAACGCCUAUACAACGUCCAAUGGUCCCUGUCCCUCAGUUACCUCCACCUCGGGUGGCCGCUUACAAGCCCAGCAGAUCUUCCCUGCGAGAGUCUGCAGCGUUACAUCUUUCACCCUUCCCAGCAUUCUCGGACACCCAAGCUGCCAAUGGGGUUGCUGCAACUCUAGAGGAUGUGGGCAAUCUUAUUACUGAGUGUUUUGGAACAUAG